AUGGAUUUCGCGGUGAGGAUGCGCAAUGCGCUGAUUGCGUCAACACGAGGCUACUUCGCCACGACCUCGGAUGUGAUCGUGAGCGAGUACGACGUGGCCUAUUACUCGGGGGAGGACUUCUUUGAUCGGAAGCACCGACUCAACGUGCACUACCACGCCUCCCCAGCCGCGCCACCGGCCACGUCGCCGACAGAGGAGGACCAGUCGCCGCCGACCGAGGAGCCUUCUGGGGACGAGCUUCGGCCCAAACCAAAGAAACUGCCCGUGGUGGUGUUCAUUCACGGUGGUGGCUGGAAGCGAGGCGAUCGCAACUACAUCUUCGACGCCUACAACAACUUUGGCAAGGCCAUUGCUGCGGAAGGGUUUGUCGUUGUGGUGCCUUCCUACCGGCUUUCGAUUGCUGUAGACGGAGGUGUGCAGCACCCCAAGCACUGGGUGAAGGAUAACAUCGGUCGCUACAACGGAGACGAAGAUAUGAUCUUCCUCAGUGGGCACUCUGCCGGAGGCCACCUGGCCGCUUUGCUGGCCCUCGACACUCACUACAUGGCAGACGUGGGCCUGGAGCCAGAGUUGGUCAAGGGCGUUGUCGGCAUCUGUGGCGUGUACGAUCUGGUCACGGGUUACACCCGAUUCUUGCUUCGAAACCUGUACCUGGCCGAUGCGUUCGGACACGACCAAGCCGUCCUCCGGGAGGCCUCGCCCGUGCACCACGCACGAAGCAACGCGCCGCCCUUCAUGCUCUUCAACGCCGCCAUGGACUUUGGCUUGGAGGACGACUCGCUGCGCCUGCGGGCGGAGCUGGCGGCUCGUGACGGCUCCGUGGCGCAUCGAUCCUUCCCGGGCACCGACCACGGCUCCAUCAUCGGCCUCGGCCCCGCCUGGGGCAGACCCUACGCGCCGCUCGUCCGAGAGACCUGCGCCUGGCUCAAUAAGCAGAUCGCCGCCAUCACGGAUGACCGCGAGACGAAGAACGAUCUCCGCACCGAGGACGAGGAGCAGAAGCAACAGCGCGCCGAGGCCGACGAGGGCGAGGGGUCACCGGCAGAGGCCCACGAAGGCAGCCGAUCGGAGGCCGACGUCAUGGUGCUGCGCGCCUAUGGCUGGGAGUGA